ACAACUCGUCUAGUCGUGCAUGUAACCGCUUGUUUUCUCCCGCUCGCGACUGUUUUCGCGUUUUGUUUCCGUCAAUGGCAACGCCGAGUAGUGACCAUUUCUCCACCCCCGCGAGAGUGAAUUCCCCUGAGUAUGUUCUCCAUUCGUUCGUUGCAUGCCAGUCUUUUGUUUAAGUCGUUUCGCAAAUCCACCCAAAAAGUGGUGCACAAUCUGUUCCCGUCGGAUUCUCAAUGGAAGUUGGAAUUUCGAAUGGAAGUGUACCGUUAUUUGUCGUCAGUUCGUUCGGAAAAAAUUUGCAUGCCUUCGUCUCCCGACGUGACCGUAAAGUUAAAUGACCGUUGGUCAAAACCGAUUUGCCACGACCUUUUUGCAUGGAAGGUAAGCACCUGGCCAUUUGCCUGUCGGCUGGUGCGUGGUUUGAUUGCUCCUGCAUGGUGUUCCGGAAUUCCGGCAUUUAGAUAAGUUUUAAGUGAUAACGGUUGUACUACAGAAGAAUGAGUGUUGGUUUUGAUAUUGUGAAACGUGUGAAGCAACAGCAAUUUUAAGUGUUGAUCGUUUUGGUUAAAUUGAUUAAGUUUUAAAAAGUUGAGAACCGUAUUUUAAGCUAAAAAGUUAACAAAGUUAGAAGUGGUAAAGCAAAUCCGAAGAUGGCUCUUCCGCCACUUUUACCGUAUCUGGGAAUCAAUCAACUACGGAACUACACCGUCAACCUGGAACUGAACCUGGAGUGGGUAAAGCUGAAUCGAGAGAUUUGGCACAUGGUCCAGGGGAUGGGACCGUUUCCGGGGGCGGCCGGAUUUCCACCGACAGCAGCACAGGCCGGCCUGGGAGCGGAAGGACUCUCGGUGCAGGUCGUCAAGGGUGGGGGGGCGGCGACCGGCGGCGGGGGUGUGGCCGGUGGAGGUGGAGGCCUUGCCAUGGCCGUUGCCGAUCACCAGCUCACCAGCCUCAAACAGCACCAGGAACAGCUCAACCAACAGCACCAGCAACAUCAGCAGCAGCAGGCAGUGGCCGCGGCCGCAGCCGCACAACUGGCCAACUCACAGACACUCAGAAAUACUGUCAGCCAGUACAGUUCCCAAUCAGUAUUAGGCGUCCCGCCGGGUGGCGCUCCGCCACCGACCUCGCUGUCUUCGCUCAGCGCCGUCAGCAGUGCCGUGCCCAGCAGUGGAGUGACCAGCAGCAGUAGUACCACAUCCGCAGCAGUCAGUGCCAUCACCAGUGUCCCCGCCGUAGGACCCGCUGGAGCCCCGCCCGGAAUCGCCGGAAUCUCCAACGGAAUUGAACAACAGACUGUUAGUAUUCAAACGGAACCAGAAACGCAAGUCUCAAGUGCCAACAACACCAUCAUCAACCAAACGAACAUCAGUCCCAACGGUAGCAGCAUCAGCUGUAGUUCGCCGUCAGAUGUCGCCACCGCCGCCGCUCUGAUUGCCGCCAGCAGUGCACAACAAUUGGUGAGCAGCGGAGGAAGCAGCAGUAGUAGUCCCGGCGGUGGCCUCGGCGUCGGCAGUUGUAUCAUGACCACCGGAAGCAGUACCAUCACGACCACGGCCGGGACCGGGACUGUGCCGUUGAGUACGGCCCAGCAGCAGCUCUCGGUGGUGCAAAGCCAGCAACAGCAGCAGAACGUGGCCGCAGCCGUGGCAGCCGCCACCGCCCUAGCCGAAUCCAAAGCACAACCAAAGCGACUACACGUGUCGAAUAUUCCGUUCCGAUUUCGGGACCCGGACCUGCGGUCCAUGUUUGGGCAAUUUGGUACCAUUCUGGACGUGGAGAUCAUCUUCAACGAGCGAGGCAGCAAGGGAUUCGGUUUUGUAACAUUCGCUAAUAGUAGCGAUGCGGAGCGAGCACGCGAACGUCUUCACGGCACUGUGGUUGAGGGACGCAAGAUUGAGGUCAAUAAUGCAACCGCACGAGUUCAAAGUAAAAAAGUUCCUGCUGUUUCGAGCGUUUUUCUGACGAAGCCAGGCACCGUCACGGCUCCUCCCCUCGCAGCGGUUUGCGUGCCCUGGCCAGCCGAAGGUUACCGCCUGUCGAUGAGCGCCUGGCCCUGGUUAGGAGCCUCGGCAGCGACCGUCGGAGCAACCGGAGCCCAAUCUGCGGCAGCCCUGGCCGCCGCCGCAGCAGCAGGUGCCGCCCCAACAUCGGCCGCCGCCGCCGCAGCUGCAGCAGCAGCGGCAUCAUCGAACCAGGCAGCGGCCGCCGCAGCAGCAGCCGCAGCCAACCAGCCAAUGAACGCAGCGGCAGCGGCCGCAGCAGCCGCCUCACCACUGUUGAUAGCACAGGCCGCCCAAAGAGCUGCGGUCGCCGCCCAACGGCGUAGGCCGCCAAACCGGUGACGGAAGUAUCAGCUCAGCCGAUGAUUCAAGCCGCAGCACCCCUGCUCAAGACGCCCCUCUCGCAAGCCCAGCAGGCCUACAAUGCAGCGACCUACACGGCUGUGGCAGCUAGAGCCGCCUAUGGAGCAGCAGCGGCAGCUCAACCGACCGUAGCAGGCUACGCCACGGUUGCAGGAUACGGACGUGAAUACGCUGAUCCGUACCUGGGUCACGGAAUUGGACCAGUUCCCGGAUACGGAGCAACCAUGUACCGAGGAACGUACAAUCGUUUCGCGCCAUAUUAGAUUUAAGCAGGCAACAAGUUUGUUCCGUUCAUCCGCCAUUUUGUAUGACAACAACAACAAACCACCAUAGUUUUUUUUGCACGCGCUUUCGUUUGUUUACAAUUUCUCGUCGACAUCGUUAAGGCGAGGCCCUUUUUCGGUUCACCGUAAUAUCGCGAAACAAACAGCUAAGCGCAGCGGUGACAGAGCGUGAAAAUGACCCCUCGGCGAAGGAAAAGGAUGGAAACUAACCAACAAACGUAUAUAGAAAAACACUAAUCCAGGAUCGAUACCAAAGUUGUAGCAAAAACCAUGAAUGAUGAUCGCGAUCAUCAAGAGCAAAAAAGAAAAAUAACAAGGAGACCCAUGCUUGUAGGAUCGAGGCCUACAACGCCGCCAUUGCAGUUGAAAUUCCGCUCUCUCUCUAUCUAAAGUAUGUUCGUAAAUAUCUGCUGUUUGUAGAUAUACGCAAUAGUCUCGUAAAAAAAACUCACUCACCGAUGCACACGGAGCGAAAUCGGCACGUCAAGGAUGAUAAUGACAACCAUACACUGAAAAACCCAAUGAUAUUCGAUUGUGACAAACAGUGACAGAGGUUAAUCUCUCUAGCUAGUAGUUUUGAUUCAGUUUUAGGGUUCACCGCAACACUCUAUAGGCGAUAAGACGGCAACCAGCCUGAGAAUACUCAGAAAGUUUUUUCCCCAAUGAUUCCGUUUGCAACCGGUUCCUUCCAGAAGUAAUAGUGUGUACCGACACAAAUAGUUCCUGUAGAAACAGAAUUUAUUCUCACAAAAAGUCAUCCUCAGAAUCUUCCAAAAAUAUUUUGUUAACAGUAGGUUUUUUCAGUUACCAUCAUACCGAAAAUUUAGGUAGAUGUUAGUGUUUGGUACAGUUUAUCAAUUUUGUAGAAUUCUUUUUUUUUUGUGGCGCGGACAAUUUCUUCGACAGAAAUUCCCCGUGAAAAAAAACGCUCAAAAUCGCAUAUUAGAUUGUAUUAUCUCUGAAUGUCAUAUGUGAGAAAUAAAAGAUUUGUAGAGUUCGAAUUGAUACGAUUCUAGUACUGCACAGUUGCAGUCUUUCAGUCCAAAUGUGUGAUACAGUGCUAGAUUACAGUGUAAGUUCUCAGUCCACAUCGUUGUCCGUGAUCCUUGUUACAACCCACACGAAAAACCACUCGGCAGAAUGAUUUUAUAUUAAAAUUAUUCUACUACUACGAUACGAAACGCAAACCGCGAGCAAAUGAGAGCGAGAGCUAAUGCUACAAAGAAAAAAAAAACACGUAAUAACAAAAAAGAGCCAAAGUUAUCGACUAACCAGAUUCAAUGUAAGAUGCAAGCGAAGGGAAACAAAUGCUGAACGAGCAUAACACAGAAGUAACAGAACACGGUUAAAAUACCCACAGAAUUAGAAGAUGAGUCCGAUUUUCCCACCAAGGACUCUCUAGUAGGUAGUCAAUGUGCUCACGCUAUACAAACAUACACCCACACCAGACCGUACGUACACUAAUCAGUUUUCCGUUUUAUGGCAGCUUACGAAUUUUGGUGUUGUACAAUUUCCAAAAUUAACAAUAGACGGUAAAACAUUGUGUGUUUGUGAUAGGGAAUCGAACGAAUCCACUCAGUCAGUCUCCAGUCUUAGUGCAUGAAACGCAUCAGGGGCAAAUACUCAAUACGAAAUGCUCUUCUAGUACUGCGCGUGCGAGGUUAUGUUCUCUCACGGCAGAAACACUUCGAAAAUCUACUCAGAAAAUAGGUUAUUCCUAUCACAAGAAGCGGCGUUGUCAUCGGUUCAAAUCUCAAAUCGUACGCACGAGAAAGAAAACGUAUAUUUUUUAUGUUAAUUGUUUACUCGUUAGGGUUUAGUCUGGAGAUGAGUUACAGUCAUUAUCAAAGUACAUACAUCAGAGUUAUUUCUUAGGUUAUAGGUAAGAUCUGAAAGCGCGCACACAUGUUUAAUCAUCACCGCACAAUAGCGCAACUCUCUCACGCAUACACACACAGGCAGAGAAGCAAGAGAAGAAGCAAGGCAUGACGAAAGACGGAGAAAAAGAAAACAAACUCAAUCAGGGCAUUCUAUGUUUGUAAGAUUUAGUUUUUCGGUUUUUAAAGAUACGUUACGUUAUAACGAGUAGGUUUAGGUUAUGUGUUACGCUAGCGGAAAAGAGGAAGGCUUUGGUGUUUAGUGACGAUAAGCGAAUUACUUGCGAAUGGAUGGGUUUCUUACCGGAAGGUAUGAAGAGGGUUUGCGAAUCUUCAGCUCUAUUUUGGCAGUUGUAGAUCAUGGGAAUGUAAUAACUUUUUGUGGGAUGGAAUGUAUUAGCUAAUAGAAUUUUUGCUGCUAAUUUUUUUUUGACAAAUUUUGAAAAAUCAUUCAUUUAUCCGUGAAUUUUAUGAGACAAUGGACAUCAUUCGGAUCUAGUGUAUUGAUCUAAAAAUUGUUGUAAAUCAGUCAAAAAUCCGAAGAUUUCAUAAUAUUUCCAGCACUUUUAUCGACUUUUUCUUAAGGUGGCCAAACUGUCCCACUUUCCCCUACUAGAUGUGAUACACAUUCUGAGCCGGACCUCUUUGUCUUUAUUUCGUCUUUGUCCAAGGACGAAAUUGAGCCGCAGUAGUCAAGAUCAAAAUGAGUUUCACUUCUAGUAUUGUAUGUUGUUCCUUGCUACAGAGUGCUGUACACUUUUUUCAACUUUCGCUCUACUACUUGAAUUGAAGUAUACGGAACUUAAAGGCCUUUAAUUUGACUUUGAUACAACUACAACCUUAAUACCAUUUAUGCAGAAAUAGUUUUGUUCUUAUUUUGUUGGAUAACUUGGUAUCU